AUGAAGACACGAGUGAAGCGCAGCUCCAAGAGCCCGGAGACCUCUGCUGAACCUGAAGGCGCACUGCGCGCGUUAGCGGGUCUCGCUGCCUUAAGCGCGUUGACGAGAACCCCGACGCACGCCUCGACUGGAGUGAAGCGCAAGCCGUCUUGUGCACGCCACGCGCCAGACAACGCGACGGAUCCGGGGACGGCCAGCACCAGAAAGCCGAAUAUGAAGCCCACAGCACCGAAACAAAACGAUGUAUCCGACAGUACUGAGGAAACACCCCAGAUAGGGACACCGAUCAAGGUUCGCAAGAAAGUGACUGUGCGCCGCGACCUCACCUCUGAGACGGGAUUUUCUGGCCUCCCACGCGAGUGGGAGCACCUACUCGUUGGCAACGGUAUCAGUCGCACAGAGGUCUUGACGAAUCCGCAAGUCGUACGCGAUAUCAUGGACUUUCAUUUGCGUCGAUCUGGGGCGGCGUCGCCAACGCACCAUCCCAGCCAAGUCGCAGCCUUAAAAGAGCGCAACGAACGGACCGCGCUCCACCAGGAUGACUCGGCUGCGAAGCUGCUCACUGAGACGAGCCCCGAAGAUGCACGCCAAACCGGGGGCGAGCCUGUACUGAGGGCCUCGGGACGCUUUCCCGCCAUUCAGGAACGAGACCCCAGCGACGUCUACGUGCGCCUGCGUAAAGUGGGCGAGGGUGCAAUGGGCGUUGUCUAUGUGGCAGCCUCUCGAACCGAUCCAACCAAAAUUGUUGCGAUGAAAAGGGUCGAAGUUCGGUCCGAAAAGGUCAUGAGCGCGCUCGAGCAGGAGAUCUUCAUGAUGCAUAGCACUCGCCACGCGAACAUCGUGCAGGUUCACGAGGCGUUUCUCCAUCGCAACACGAUGUGGAUUGUUCUCGAAUACAUGGACGGGGGCAGUCUCACAGACUUGCUUUAUGAUCUGGCAGAGCAUGGUGAACGAAUGACGGAGCCAGAGAUCGCCUAUGUCUGCCGAGAGGUUCUGAUUGCGCUCGGUCAGCUGCACCGCCUACGUCGCAUCCAUCGUGAUAUCAAGUCUGAUAACUGUCUGCUUGGUCAAUCGUCGGGGGCCAUCAAGCUCGCUGACUUUGGAUAUUGUGCCCAGUUGACACCAGAGCGCGACAAGCGAACGACAUGCGUUGGCACUCCGUUUUGGAUGGCGCCCGAACUCAUCAGAAGCAUGGAGUACGACUACAAAGUUGACGUCUGGAGCCUCGGGAUUCUCGCCAUAGAAUGCGCCGAGGGCGAGCCUCCAUGGAUCAAAGAGACACCGCUCCGGGCCAUGUUCCUGAUCACGACCCGAGGGCCGCCCAAGCUGGCGGAAGCUGCCCGCUGGAGCCCAGAAUUUCACCACUUUUUACACUCCUGCCUCGCGAUGCAACCCAUGGAUCGUUGGAGCGUAGAUCGGCUCCUGACGCAUCCGUUCAUUCAGAGGGCUUGUCCAGCGACGCAGUUUGCGGAGCUCGUGCAAAGAUACGUACGCCGUAAACGUGCAAUUGCGUAG